AUGGGAGAGCACGAGGCCACAAACUUGGCCUCCCGAGCCUUCGGCAUGCACAAAUCCGGGCACGAUGAUUGUGUAGGUGGCGCAGAGGCAUCCGCUUUGCCGACGAUACCCACUGCCAGCAUCACGCGGGUGAAAUGUCUGGACGAGCAUGAGUUUCGAAAGCUCCUGCGCUUCCGCCGUGAGCCAAGUGAGGAGAGCAGUGGCCUGCCCGUGGACCACGUCUGGGGAAUGGUGCCGGAGGAUCCAGCGAAGCAGGCGCGGCCACCCAAGCAGACACUGCUUCGUGGCUCCUCGGCAGAGCUGGAUCCUGCACGACUUGGAUUGCUUCUCCUCCCGCCCUACAAGGGCGACAUGCAGCCACGAAGCAAAAGCGGUGUGUGGGAGAAGGCCUGGCUUGCUUUUUCUUGGUGCUUGAGUUCAGGUGCGUGGGAUGCAGGCUUGGGCUGCAUCGAGGCUGCGAGGAAAGAAGGGAAGCAAAGUCGAGUCC